AUGACUUUAGUAUUCCAUUCAGGUCUCUCAAAAGAUCUUUUAUCAAUAUUAAAAGAUGCUGAUGAUUAUGACGUUAUUAUUCAAGUUGGUGAAAACAAAAAUAUGAGAGAAUUUCGUGCUCAUUCAGUGAUUUUACGUGCUCGUUCUGCUUAUUUUAAAAUUGCCUUUUCUUCCGAUUGGAUUUCAAAGAAAAAUAACAUGAUUGUAUAUAACAAGCCAAAUAUCACUCCGAAAGUUUUUGACAUGAUUUUAAAAUACAUUUAUACUGGUGAACUUGAUUUGACUAAACAAUCGGGUGAAGAUAUUCUUGGUUUAUUAGUUUCAUCUGAUGAAUUACUUUUCGACGAAUUAUUCGACCGUAUUCAAGAUUAUUUAAUCGAAAAACAAACUAUUUGGGUUCAAAAUUAUUCUGUUCUUGUUCUCAAUACUGUAUUUCAACGCCCUAGUUAUAAGAAAUUACAAGAUUAUUGUCUUAAAUCUAUCUGUGAAAAUCCAGAACCAUUUAUCUCUUCAAAAAUGUUUCCUUUGUUAGAUAAGGAUAUCCUUUUUGGUUUACUUAAAUGGGAUGACUUACAAAUUAGAGAAAUUGACGCUUGGAAUUGUUUAAUUAAAUGGGGUAUUGAACAAACACCUGGUUUGGGAAGUAAUAAUAAUGAUAGAACCAAAUGGAAUAAAGAAAAUUAUAAAGCAUUAAAGAAAACUUUGAUCCAAUUUAUUCCUCUCAUUCGGUUUGUGGAAAUUUCUUCUGAUGAUUUUUUUGAUAAAGUUCGUCCUUAUAAAUAUGUUAUUCCUAAUCAUAUUUAUGAAGAAUUAGAAAAAUUCUAUUAUAAAAAAGCUUUACCAAUAACUACGACUUUACCACCUCGUACAAGAAAAUCAGGAUCAUUAACGUCAACAAUCAUUAAACCAGGGCUCGCAAAUAUUCUUUCUGAUUGGAUUGAUGGAAGUGAUAUAGCAACUAAUUUAAAUAAUGAUAAAUAUGUAUUCAAUCUAAUUUACUUGAUGAGUCGUGAUAGAUUUGAUAGCGGAACAUUUUAUAACAAAUGUGUUGGACAAGGACCAUUUGUAGUAUUAGUAAGAACUCACACAAAGAAUAUCUAUGGUGGUUAUAAUCCAAUUGGAUAUACGGGAAGAAAUCAGUGGCUAUCUUCAACAGAAAGUUUUGUCUUUUCUUUUGGAAAUGAUCAAGAUAUGUAUAAUAUGAAAAUUGGCAGGGUAACUAAUAUAGCUUGUUCCAUAUAUGAUAGUCCCUUUUAUGAUUGUUUCUUUAAUUUUGGAAAUAUGUUAUAUGUUACUAAUGGGCAACGUCUUGCUGUUGGGUAUGAUAAUAGAUAUUAUAGGAACAUUUUCGGUGAAAAACAUUUAUCUAAUAUUGAGGAAAUUGAAGUAUUCAGUGUAUCAGGAAAGGAUUGUUAA